AUAACACAAAAACAACUUCGACAAUUGGUUUUAUUUUGUCGCCGUGCAAUUAAUGAAAUAAAUGAUAAUGAAUUAAAACCACAAUUAGAUACAUAUUUACGAGCAUUAGUACCAUUAGAAGAAUGUCUUAAAUCACCUCCUACUCCAUCUUUACCAUCAACUCCACCUAUUAAUGAACAACAAACAGAACAUACUCAUCGACAUCAUCAUCAUCAUCAUCAUAAAAAAGCAAAUGGAGCACGAGAUACAUCAAGUCAAAAAUCUGAACGUAUUGAAAAUAUACAAUUUCCUGAAGAAGUUAUUGUUUUUACAUUAGAAUCUAGUGAUAGUGAAUGUCCCGGAAUGUUAUCUGAAGACAAAGUUUUACAAGAAAAUGAAAGAACAAAAUUAAUAAAAACAUCAAGUACAAAUGAAUUUGAUCAAUCAGCUACUGAAAAACGAUUACGUUUUCGUUUAAAUGAUAAUUAUAGUGUUGGUAAUAUAAGUGAUAAUUUAGAAGGUCUUGAAGGUAUAAGUGAAGGUGCUGCAUCAACAGGCAAUUUAAGUGUUACAUCAUCAUGUGAUGAUCUUGAUAAAGCAACAAAUGAAAUUGAAACUGAUCAAUUAUUUGAUAAUGCAUCAGUUAGUGGAAGAGCAACACCAAAUUUAUCUGGUCGUGAUACACCUUCGUCACAUAUUAGUCUUGAUAGUAGUGAUCGACGAACAACAAGUACAAAUAAUGCUCAUGUUCAUACACAAGAUAGUGUUAUAAAUAGUCAAACAGCAACAACUAUAAAUACAAAUCAUAAUUCUCUUAUGGGAUCAGUACAACGUGGACCAGUUUUACCUGUUGUUGUACAAAAACCAUUCCGUGAAGAUGUACCAGAUAAAUUUAAUUUAUUUGAUUUGCCACAACAACGACCAACUUUAGAAGCAGGUAUUUACAUAAAUAAAAACAAAGACAAAAACUAUUAGCACAAGCUCUGAAGAAUUAAAAUGUAAAACACGAUGUAACUGUUCUUGCUAAUCAUAGAGAGAGAGAGAUUGUUUUAUUCUAUCUAUUUUCAAACACAUUUCUUCACCAUCCUUUUACUUAAAAUUCUCCAGAAAUGCAACAAAGAGGUAGUUCAUAUAUUAUAACAAGAUGUUAUUAUGAUAUACAUAGACAUGUAAGUCAAUGCAUUGAUUGGCGAUGGCGGCUACAAAAGUCUUAUGCAAGAAGGGUUCCCAGAUGAUAAACUGCUUUUAAGCUAGAACUAUAUUCAAUGGGUAAGGUCUAGAGAGUAAGAAGAUACCCUCGAAUGAUUCGAAUAGCUGGGCCUUUGUUGCUGAGAUAUCGAAUUUUUAGUGGACGUUUCCUGUAGAGCUUCAGUUUUCAAACGAAAUCAUACUUUUGAGUUUUGAUCUGAAACUUUGCCCAUAUAAAGGUAUCAAUUAGGCUAACUUGUAGAAUUUGUGUCUUUAUGUGAAUAAAGUUUCAAAUCAAAAUUCAUAACUAUAAUUUCGUUUGAAAACUGGGGUCCUACAGGAAACAUCGACUAAAAAUUUGAUAUCUCAGCAGUAAAGUUCCAGCUGCUCGAAUUACUCUAGAAUAUUUAUCUAUUCACUAAGCCCUAUCGAUUGAAUAUAGUCCCAGCUUAAAAAUGAUUUAUCAUUCGACGGCCUUCUCUCGUCAGGCUUCGGAGAGAAUCCAAAUUGUUACUCUGACACUUUAAUACUUCUUUUUGAUCGUAUUUCAUCAAAAGAAUGAUUUUC